AAAAGAGAGCAACUCGCUGUGCGCGCCGCGCGUCCGCGGGAAGUACUCGUGCACUUGCAGAAGGCGUCUCCGGGCAACGCAUAAAAUAAGCAAAAAGUUGGGCAGCCGCCGAGCAUCUGUGUAGGCAAUACUCAAGAGAUUCUCGGCACACAGAGCUGUACAAAUAGGGCUGCCCGAAACGCCACCGGCGCGAGAGCAUAUAGGGCUGCCCGAAACGCCACCGGCGCGAGAGCAGCAUGACCUCCUACUACCACGCUGGCAUGGAACAUAUAAGAGCGCAAUCGGCGCGCUACGGUUCCGCGCCGACGCGCGAGCGCGACAGCGACCAAUUGAGUCCCGUAGCCAGAGCCGCGUGGUACGUCGAAGACGCGUUCAGCGGCAACUUCGAGGAGGACAUGGAUUCAAGAACAAACGCGCAGCGCGACGCUUAUGUCAGGUACGAAAGCCUCGUGCACCCCGAGAGGUUAGUGUGCGUCGUCGCACUGGCGCUGGUGUCGUUGAUCGAGGUGCCGCUCUGGUGUCUUCAGGGACGAAAUAAUUUGUUCUGGGUGGGCGGGUCCGAGGUCUGUCGGAAGCACGACCUAUACUUGUCUGGUAUCGAAUACGUACCAUACAUAGCCACGUUGCUGGUCGAGGCCUGCGCCUUGGGAUAUCUAGCGACGUUGUGUGGCCUGGAAGUCGGCUUUGGAAGACCUAGAGACAUUAAAUUGCAGACACGGUUGUUAACAACGGGACUCGCGGCCCUGGACCUCGUUAUCUUUGCCCUACGCCUAGCUAUAGACUACCCACCAGCAUUCAGAUUAGGGCCCUACCUUCGCGUAGUCCUGUUAGCGGCGAACACGAAGGAGGUCUGGGCGGCGGGCAGAGCUUGUCUGACGAUGAUCCCGUCGUUCCUCGACGUCUCCCUAUUACUGACAUUAUGCAUACUGUUCUUCGGCUGGCUCGCGGCGAUAACUCUAGAUGACGUGGAGACGGUCAAGGACGGCCUGCCGGUGAACGAGGGCUUCACGAGUUUGGGUGAAGGCAUCUAUACGAUGUUCUUCGUUUCUACAACUGCCAACUUUCCCGACCAGAUGCUGGCGUCGUACGCUUCAUCUAGAUCAUUUGGGCUAUUUUUUGCGUUCUACGUGCUGUUAGCGUGCUUCAUCUUCCUCAACCUGAUUCUUGCGGUCGUCUACAACGAGUCCUUUGCUGUGUCCGUACAUUCUGCUCGAUGGCGUGGAGGUUCUACGCCAUCGACGCGACGUUGUCCCCUUCGCACAUGCUGCUCGACGGCGUGGAGGGUCGCGGAGGUCGCUCGCAGCACCGAGUGACUCGCUGGGGUCGGCUCGACGCCAUCGCCGCGAGGCUCGCACGAACAAACACCUACACAACCGGCACGCAGGUACUCGGCCUCGAUCAAGAACGAGAUCCGGCGGAAGAAUGAAAGAAGGGUCGAGGGCCUCAAGGCGGCCUUCGCCCUACUCGCUCAAGAUGACUGCAUCUCACGCAAAACUUUUGAAGAGUUAGUGAAAGAAACGAAUCGGGUGGAAAAGCUCCCGCAAAUAAAAAAGGACGAGGUCGACUUCUUCUUCGAUGUCUUAGAUGAUGAUCGGAGCGGCACGAUCUCCAAGAGUGAAUUUUUUGAUUUUGUCGAUAUAUUGCAAUAUAGCUUCGUGAAGAUACGGACGACUACUUGGCUUGAGAGGAAUAAGCCGGACUGGGCGGCCUCGGAUAGGUAUCAUCAGUUAUCAGACUUCGUGCAUUCCGACGCCUUCGCGAGAACAACUACCCUAGUCCUGGCCGCAAACACGCUACUCGUCUUCGCCGAGUCGUGGCUCGACCUGAGCGAUACCCUAUCACCUACAGGAGAAGAGGCCUUCGCCGUCUGCGAGUGCCUUUUUAGUAUAGUCUACAUGGGUUUGCUGGUGGCGCAACUGGCCGUGAUUCCCUUCGACGAGUUUUGGCUCGAGCCGACCAAUAGGUUCGACGCCUUCGUCACCACAAUUUUAUUUGUAGUGGCCUUCUUCUGGUGCCUGCCUUUCAUUGAUAUCUCUAGGGCGACCUUGCACCGGUUGACCAUCCUACGGUUGCUACGACUCGUAGCUAGACUCCGAGAAGUCCAGCGGUUUAAGUUAGUGACGGCGUCCAUCACACGGAUCAUCCCCGCGUCGGCGGGCGCCGUCGGGCUCCUCUACUGCUCCGCUUCUUUGUGGAAUGCUGCGGGCGUGCAACUGUACGGAGGAAAGGUCUACGAGGACAACCCGCGACUGGCCGAGACGACGUACGUCGACGCGCACUACGACGUAUUGAACUUCAACGACUUCGCGAACGGCUACGUGCCCCUCUUCGCCAUGAUCGCGACGGGCGGGCCCUUUACCGAAUUUAUCGAGAUGAGCUAUGCCGUUACUGGUAUUUCGGGCCUCGGGUGUAUCUACUUCGUGUCCUUCUACGUCGUCGGGUGCCUGGUGGCGGUGAAUGUUUUUUCCGCGUUCGUCAUUGAUGCCUUCCUGUCGCAGUACGAAGAAGGCCGGGCGCUGCGGGGCGACGCGGAGGCGUCGACGCUAGAUCAGAGUCGCGCGGGCGACGGCUACCGCAUCGUCUGCAUCCGUCAUUCUGCGCGCGACGACGUCUACAAGGCGAUGUUCUUGGAAGGGGACGCGUGAUAAAUUCGACCAUAGUA